AUGAUUCUGUCUGGAAUCCUAAUUAACGCCUUUCCAGCUUCACGGCCUCGGAGUGCCACCCGCGGCCCGUUAGAUGGAGCAGAACACCCACUUUCCCCCACCUUGCCCGCUUCUCCCGCUUCACCACUACGACUAUUGCCCAGUAUCGAUGACUUUUCGGGGGAUACAUUCCACGAGUUGGAUCCGCUGGCCCCCGAUGAUCUCCCAGAGACCUUAGGAAAGGAUCUUUCCUUCCUUCUCCGACCAAACAUCUACCAUACACUAUCUCCUAUUGAUAUCCCGUCACCCCUGCGCUCCGAGUUUAUCGUCUUGAAUCCAGGCGAGCCGCUCUCCGCAUCUCUGAGCGUCCUCGAGAAACUGCUAGCGGAGGGCCGGUUCCUCAUCGCCGCGCAUUUCGCCGGCGCCAUCUUGACUUCUUCUCUGAUGACGCCGACGAAUAUCAAAAUGAUUUUUGCCCUGUUUUAUUCACGGCUUGCCUCCCUGGAACUGUCGGGAAAUGCACUUCUCGCAGCACAGGAAUCCAAGGCCCUGGAGGAUCUAAACUCGAGCUUUUACUACAUUGAUUCCAACUUUGAUAAAUCGGAGACGGAAAAGGAGCGCCAUCAUCCCGUCGAGCAUUACCUGCGCCAUAUCGUCCCUUGGCCACUCAGAGUUCUAGCUGUGAGGCUGCAGAGCAUCGGAUUUGGUGAUUCCCGCAGGAGUAUUGGUGGGUUAUAUGAGAUUGGCCUCGAAGCACGGAGAGAAAUUAUGAGGAGCGAUAUUCCCGAAGCAGAAAGAGAAAUCUGGAGACACAGACUAGCAGAUCUUGGCCUUCGGAGCGUCAAUGCGCUGGUGGAAAUGGGCGAUCUAGAUGCGGCGAAAAGGUCACUCGAUAAUCUGCGGGAUUCCAGUCCAGAGACCAACAUGACCAAAAUGAGAAAGGCGCUUCUGUUGCUGCGGAUUGGGGAUAUAGAUGCGGCCAGCAAGAUUUUCAGUGCCGAGGACCAGUCCUCCAGAGAAGCUGCUCUGCUCCGGCCGCUCUUGAGUAUGGCGGAGGGUCGCUAUCCCACCGCAGUGGAGGAAUGGCGGGCUCUUCAGCAGGAGGGAACUCGGACGGAUGACGCGCUGGUCGCUCAGAACCUGGCAGUGUGCCUCCUGUACACGGGUCGACUGGAUGAGGCUCGCGUGCUCCUUGAAUCUCAAGUGUCGGCCAAUCACUCCUUUAGCAGCUUGGUCUUCAACCUGUCGACGGUCUACGAGCUCUGCUCUGAUGGCGCGAGUAACUUGAAAGGGCAGCUGGCUGCCUCCAUCGCCCAACAGCCCGUGUCCGGGCACACGAACCUGGAUCGGCCGAAUGCGGAUUUGAAACUAUGA